GGCCCGCGGGGAAAGGACCGGGGGAGGCCUCACCGAAAGGAGGGAGGAAACACGCCGGGAGAGCGGCCCCGAGCCCCGGGCAGGAGCUCCCCGCAGGCCCCGGCAGCCCGGCGGUGGAAGGGAAAAUCCCCAAGCUGUACACAGAGGUUGAAGUGAGUUCUCAGAGGGAUCCUUAUCCCAGUGAAACCCCUGGUGCAGUGCCAGAGUCUCCAGGGAGAGGCUCCCUGCAGGUGGCUGCCAGAAAUCCCACCACAAUGAAGCCACCAAAGAACAGCAGAGCUGAGGAGCAGGACGGGGAGGAUGUGGAGAGGAGGAAGAGGAGGAGGAAGGCAAGCAAAAGGAAAAGAGAAGGGAAGAGCCCAGAAGAAGAGAGCUCCUUGUCCUGUGACAUCAAACUGGACGAGUCCCUGGAUCGAACGCUGGAGGAUGGAGCCAAACAGCACAACCUGACCGUGGUCAACGUCAGGAACAUCCUGCACGAAGUGAUCACAAAUGAACAUGUGGUGGCCAUGAUGAAAGCAGCCAUCAGUGAGACAGAAGACAUUCCUUUGUUUGAACCCAAAAUGACUCGUUCCAAACUGAAGGAAGUUGUGGAGAAAGGAGGGGUGAUUCCAACGUGGAAUAUCUCACCAAUUAAGAAGGCAAAUGAGAUGAAGCCACCUCAGUUUGUGGACAUUCCCCUGGAGGAAGAUGAUUCCUCUGAUGAAGAAUACCAGCCUGAUGAUGAAGAUGAGGAUGAGACUGCAGAAGAGAGCUUGCUGGAGAGUGAUGUGGAGAGCACAGCUUCUUCUCCUCGUGGGGCCAAGAGAUCCAGGACAAGGCGCUCCUCUGAUGAGGAGGGAGGGACACUCUGUGAGAUGGAGAAGGUCACUACUCCUGUUGUUAGACACAUUAGUGCUGAAGUGGUUCCCAUGGGACCCCCACCACCUCCCAAACCCAAGCAAACAAAGGACAGCACCUUCAUGGAGAAGCUGCAUGCAGUGGAUGAAGAGCUGGCCUCGAGCCCUGUCUGCAUGGACUCCUACCAGCCCCUGGAGGACAGCCUGAUUGCCUUCAGGACUCGUUCCAAGAGGCCCCUGAAGGAUGUUCCCCUGGGGCAGCUGGAGGCCGAGCUGCGCGCGCCCGACAUCACCCCCGACAUGUACGACCCCAACACGGCCGAUGACGAGGAGUGGAAGAGGUGGCUCGGGGGGCUCAUGAAUGAUGAUGUGGAGAAUGAAGAUGAAGCUGAUGAUGAUGAUGACCCUGAGUACAAUUUCCUGGAAGAUCUGGAUGAACCAGACACAGAAGACUUCAGGAAUGACCGUGCUGUGAGAAUCACCAAAAAGGAAGUGAAUGAGCUGAUGGAGGAGCUGUUUGAGACAUUCCAGGACGAGAUGGGAUUCUCCAACAUGGAAGAUGAAGGGCCAGAAGAUGAAGAUGUUGUUGCAGAGUCUAGGCCAAAUUUUAACACCCCCCAGGCUCUCAGAUUUGAGGAGCCUCUGGCCAAUUUGCUGAACAAGCAGCACCGGACAGUGAAGGAACAACUGGAGCAGCUGAGGAUGAAAAAAUCCUCAAUGAAAGCAGCCCAAGAGAGUGAAAAAUCCAAACCACCAAAUGAGAAACCCCUGCAGAAUCUUGUUCUGGAUAGUGCACAGAGGAAGAGGCUCCAGCAGCAAAUGCAGCAGCAUGUUCAGCUUCUGACUCAAAUCCAUCUCCUGGCAAGUUUCAACCCUGCUCUCAGUUCAGAGGCCAACACCACCCGGAUGUUUUUGAACGAGCUCGGGAGCUUUGCCCGCAGCUCCAGCCUCCUCCGGGUGCCCCUGAACCCCAAAUUCCAGACCAUGUUCCAGCCCUGCAACCUUCAGGGAGCCCUGCAGCUCAUUGAGGACUUCCAUGCCCAGGUGCCAGUGGACUGCAGCCCUAGGAAAGCUGUGAAGAAGAACACAAAUGAUUUCUCAUGUUUGCCAAAGCAAGUGGCCUGGAUUUUGGCAACAAGGAAAGUCUUUAUGUACCCAGAGCUGCUGCCAGUUUGUUCCUUGAGAGCAAACCCUCACCGGGACAAGAUUGUCUUCACCAAGGCAGAGGACAACUUGUUGGCUUUAGGGCUGAAACAUUUUGAAGGGAUUGAGUUUCCAAAACCUUUGAUCAGCAAGUACCUCCUGCCCACCAAAACUGCUCAUCAGCUGACAGUGAGGAUCAAGAACCUCACCAUGAACAGAGCCCCAGACAACAUCAUCAGGUACUACAGGAAGACAAAGCAGCUGCCUGUGCUGCUCAAGUGCUGUGAGGAAAUACAGCCCCACGAGAUGAAGGCACCUGUGGAGAGGGAGGAGCAUCGCCUGCCCUUCUGGUUAAAGGCAAGCUUGCCCUCCAUCCAGGCAGAACUGAAGCAGCUGGCAGAAGACACCAAGGAUGCACCAGCUUCACCUGAUGCAGAACCUGCCAUUUUGGGGUCAGAAAAGGAAACUUCAGACACAGAAUGUGAUGACAAAUACCCUCUGCUGAUGCCCAAGGGGCUCAUGCUCACCCUGAAACCUUUGGCCAACCGAUUCUCCAGGAGGGCCUGGAGGAGGCAGAAGUCAGCAGCUCUGAAACCUGUCCUGAUCCGCCCCAAUCCCUGUCUGCAGCCCAGCUCCAGCCCUGCCAGCAUCCAGAAAACUCUGAAAUUGUCCCAGGCAGAGGCUGCUCCCAGCAAGGUCCUGCUCAAGGUGCCUCGUCCCAUCCAGCCGGCGCCGCUCGUGCAGCCCCUGAACGUUCCAGCCGUGGUGGGAGGUGGGGAUGGCUUGGAAUUCCAGAAUGUGCUUCCCAGUGCCCAUCCAGACUCCAGACAAGCCUUCCCAGCUGCUGUGUCCCCAGCUCUGGUGUCCUCAGAGGCGGCGACUCUGCAGCCCAAGCCGCCGCCGGCUUCGGCCGGGACGAAAACGCACAAACCCUGCGUGGGGAAGGGCAGCCAGAGGAAAAAAGGGACAAAAUCUGCCCCAGUGAUCACACCUUCCCCUGUGAUCCAGCCCUCCCCUGUCAUCCUGACUGUCCCUGCCACCACAGUGAAGGUGGUUAACAUUGGCAAUGGCUGCAACAUGAUCCAGCCCCUCAACCCGGCCGUGGGCCAGGGCACUCAGGCCAUUCCAGUCACAACCCUGCUGGUGAACCCAUCCACCUUCCCCUGUCCUUUAAAUCAGCCUCUGGUUACCUCUUCCAUCCCAUCUCUGAUUGUCUCUCCCAGCCCUGUGGGUCUGUCUGCAGCUGCUGUGAAGAGUGAAGGGGAGGAGCAGCUGACCCUGCUCCCUGCUCCUGCUGCUUUUCCCAAAGUGGAGCCCAAAGUGGAACCCCCAGAGCUCUUUGUUCCCUGCUGUGCUGUGUCCCCCAAGGAGGAGGGUGGGACAAGCCCUGGCACACCCCAUGAUGGCACUCAGGACAAGGGGGACAAGGGGGACUGCUGCAGCUGGGCAGUGGGAGAAGGAGAGGGCAACACCUCUGAGCCACUGCCUGUGGAACUCUUGCCUCACUCAAAAGAUCCUGAUAAAUCAGUGAAAAUCGAGUCAGAAGAUUCAAGUGAUGAUCCCAAAGAAGCAAACCUGGCACAGAAAAAAGAUCUUUUAUGUGCUGAAGGGAAGGAAGAGUUCAUGCUGGGCCUUGGCCAGGAGCUGAACAUGGAGGCUGCGUGUUCCUGUGGGGAUGAGCCCAAGAAGGAGCAGCUUCCCUGCGAGGAGAAGGGAGAGGAGGAGCGCCAGACUCUGCCAUCCCCUCCCCAGGCAGAGCAGCAGGGGGAGCCAGGGGGGGCUGCUGGGCCAGCAGGCAGCAGUGACUCCCCAAAAAACCUGCCUUGCCCAGCAGAGGGGGAGGCAGAGUUCAGCAGCCCCCCAGGGAGGCCAGAGGAUUCGUCCAGCAUCGAUGGUCAGUCCGUGGGGACACCGGCCGGCCCCGAGGCUGCAGGAGACAGGGAAGGGCAGGAAGAGGAGGAAGAAGAUGAUUUUGAUGAUUUUACACAAGAUGAGGAUGAGGAAAUGUCAUCAGCCUCAGAAGAGUCUAUUCUGUCAGUGCCAGAACUGCAGGAGACAAUGGAAAAACUGACCUGGCUUGCAACAGAGAGACGUUUGAGCCAAGAAGGAGAUUCUGAAGAAGAGAAUUCCCAGGAAGAAAACUCUGAGCCUGAGGAAGAGGAGGAGGAGGAAGGGGAAGGAAUGGAGAGUUUGCAGAAGGAUGAUGAAACCUGUGGAGAUCCAUCAGAGGAGCCAAAAUCUGACUUCACCACAGCCAAGGAGGCUUCCCCACAGGUGGAGACCCACAGGAUGGCAGCAGGAGAGAACCUGAAAGCCCCAGGGAAGAGCAGGAGCUCCCACAGGACCAGGAACAAGCGGGGCCGGGCUCGUGGCAGCAAGGACACGUCCAAGCUGCUGCUGCUGUACGAUGAGGACAUCCUGGAGAGGGAUCCCCUGAGGGAGCAGAAGGACCUGGCCUUUGCCCAGGCCUACCUGAGCAGGGUCCGUGAGACCCUGCAGCACAUCCCAGGCAAGUACGAGGAUUUCCUGCGCGUGAUCUACGAGUUCGAGAUCAGCACGGACAGACGGACGGCCGUGGAUCUGUACUGCACCCUGCAGAAAGUGCUGCACGACUGGCCACAGCUGCUCACUGACUUUGCUGCCUUCCUUCUACCAGAGCAGGCUUUGGAGUGUGGGCUGUUUGAGGAGCAGCAAGCCUUCGAAAAGAGCCGCAAGUUCCUCAGGCAGCUGGAGAUCUGCUUUGCUGAAAAUCCUGCCCACCACCAAAAGAUCAUCAAAGUCCUGCAGAGCUGUGCAGACUGUCUGCCCCAGGAGAUUGCAGAGCUGAAGACCCAGAUGUGGCAGCUGUUGAAGGGCCAUGACCACCUGCAGGAUGAGUUCUCUGUUUUCUUUGAUCACCUUCGGCCCUCAGCCAGCCGCAUGGGGGAUUUCGAGGAGAUCAACUGGACAGAAGAGAAGGAGUAUGAGUUUGAUGGGUUUGAAGAGGUUUCUCUGCCAGAUGUGGAAGAGGACGAUGAGCCACCCAAAAUUCAUGGAGCCAACAGAAACAAGAAGAGGAAAGAGAUUGGAGGCCAACAGCAGGACAAGGAGCUGGAGUGGGUGGAUGGGCUGAAGGAAUGUUCCUGUUCCUGCCAUGAAGGGAGUGGUGAUCUCAAGCUCAAGAAAAGCAAAAGGAGGAGCUGCAACCACUGUAGCAGUAAGGUGUGUGAAAGCAAAUUUUAUAAAAACAAAGAUUCUCAAGAGCUGCCUGCCAGCCUUGCUCAGGCAGAGUCGAGUCCCCAGCCAGAGGGGAAGGAUCCUGGGAUGUCAAAGGAAGCUGGAGAAGAAAGCCUGGAGAGCAGAGAGGAGGGAGAGGAUGUGCAGAGCAGAACCAGACCUGGCUCUAGGAAAGUGGAAUCUCUGUCUCCAGGACCUCACCUGGAAGGAAGGGUGGCCUCCAGCAGACCUGGAUCUGGUGAAAAACCUGCCCAGGUUCCAGAAGGUGCUGGUGCAGCUGUGGAUGAUGCCAAGGACAGGCCACAGCUACAAAAAACUGCUCUAAAACUACCUCAAGAAACCAAAGAGUGCCCUUGCACUGAAGGACUAAAGCAGCCUGGAGGGAAUUCAGCAGAGAAUUCCCUGCUGCUCUCUGCUGCACCAAUGCAGAGCCAGACUGAGGGGCUUCACCCUGAACCAAAACCCAGAGGAGCAGCCAAAGAACUCCAGGGAGCUGCUGCUUCACCCCUGCAAGGAAGAGCUGAAACAGAGCAGAGCUGGAGCACAAGGAGCAGCAGAACAGCACUGAGUGAGAGCUGCAGGUUGGAUUGCCAGCACAGAGCUGCUCCUGAGGGCAGCAGUGGCAGCAGCAGCUCCCAGCAGCAGCAGGAGGCCAGAGCAGGCCCAGGGCCCAGGGAGCAGCAGCAGCAGCGAGUGGCAGAGGCCACAGUUUGUGCCAAGAACAGCAAAGUCAGCUCCACUGGGGAGAAGGUGGUGCUCUGGACCAGGGAGGCUGACAGAGUCAUCCUCACCAGCUGCCAGGAGAAGGGAGCUCACCUGGACACCUUCCACGCCAUCUCCCAAAAACUGGGCAACAAAACAGCCAGUGAGGUGUCCCACAGGUUCAGGGAGCUGAUGAGGCUGUUCCACACAUCCUGUGAUGGCAGCUCUGAGGAUGAGGAGGAUGCCACCAGCACCAGUAACACAGACCAGCUGUCAGAUAAAGAUCUUCUGCUUUCUGAGGAAGAACCUGAUGACUGAGCUCAUAAACUACUGACUGCACUAGAAGAGGGUUUUUUUUUUUUUUUUCCAGUUUGCUGCUAGACAGGUGUUGUGGAAAAAAAUGU